AUGACGUUUUGUGCACGGGCGGGAGUGUCCGUCCGCACCGGUCAAGGACCAACCUGUCUAGGCACAUUUCUGUGUGACAACCUACCACCCAGGCUAGCACAAACCUACUUGUUAGGGCCAAGGAGAAAAAACGAGCUAAGCGAAGACGAGAACCAGCAACGGGCCGAUACUUCGCGCCAGUGUUGA